AUGGCAUACAGAAAUCCGCUUGACGGAGUUCGGGAGAACAAAGAUCCGAAGCACGGCCCUCAAUCAACUGUCAGGAACCCCCCAGAGUUGCUCCAUGAGAGCUAUUCUGGCAGUUCAACCAGAACUCCUCGCACAAGAGAUAUUCCAACUUACGGCACAGAAUAUUACUUGUCAGAGCAAACAGAUACUUCUGGACGAUCUGUAUCUGGUAAUUACCAAUUUAAAAAACAUCGCAUCGCACCAUUCACACCCAUCCACCCCGAAUUCGUACCAGGCACUGAACCCGACAAUUCGGUCGCAACAGCCACAUCCAAUUUCCACGGCGUCAUUGUUGAUGAGCUCGAUCGAAAAUUGAAGAUAGAUCAAUUGGCAGCUGACACGCAAGUUGUAAUUGGACAAUUCAAACCUAGUCUUGCAAAGACAAACAGUUCCCUAGGUAUCAAGGUCUGCCGUGGCUUUGAUAGUGACUUUCAAGAAAGCGGUCGUAUUUAUCGAAAAGCCAAUAUCGACAAACUUACCGACCAGUUCGUUAUAGACUUAACACAAGAAGGCAGAAAUCGUUGGGAGCUCGAGGAAAAUUGGCUCAAACAAAUCAAUACAACGUCCUUCUCUCCAACGGCUAUUAAUAUGUCGUUCCUAUUUUCUGCCCCAGUCGAUAUUGACAUCGUUCUAGAAGAUGGAGAUAGUCGGGAGACAGUAGAGGUUAAGAAUAAGAGUAGCAAGGAAAGGGUACCGCUUUACAAAGAUGGCGAAUCAGUGAGAGGAGCUGUCACCAUUAGACCUAAGGAUGGGAAAAGGUUAGAGCACACGGGUAUUAAAGUGCAGUUUAUUGGAAUGAUUGAGAUGUUUUACGACCGAGGCAACCACUACGAAUUUCUUUCAUUGGGACAAGAGCUUGCUGCUCCUGGUGAUUUACAACAUCCGCAAGCUUACGACUUCAAUUUUAAAAAUGUCGAAAAACAAUACGAAUCUUACAAUGGCAUUAAUGUCAAGUUACGUUAUUUUAUCAAGGUCACCGUUUCUAGACGGAUGGCAGAUGUGAUCCGCGAAAAAGACCUUUGGGUAUUUUCUUACAGAAUUCCUCCGGAGAUGAACAGUUCCAUCAAAAUGGAUGUUGGUAUUGAGGAUUGCUUGCAUAUCGAAUUUGAAUACUCGAAAUCGAAAUACCACCUCAAAGAUGUUAUCGUUGGCCGCAUUUACUUUUUACUCGUUCGUCUCAAGAUCAAACAUAUGGAAUUGUCUAUCAUUCGACGCGAAACUACUGGAACACCUCCCAACCAAUACAAUGAGAGUGAAACUUUGGUACGAUUUGAGAUUAUGGACGGUUCACCAUCAAGAGGAGAAACCAUUCCCAUUAGACUUUUCUUAGGCGGCUUUGAUUUGACUCCUACUUUCCGCGAGGUCAACAAGAAAUACUCCACCCGCUACUAUUUGAGUUUAGUUCUCAUCGAUGAGGAUGCCCGACGUUAUUUUAAGCAAUCUGAAAUCGUUCUUUACCGUCAACAGCCAGAAGAUGCUUUAGCACUUGGUCAGCAGACUAAGAUUGCUGGUGCACAUUCUGCUCCUAGUCCAGCGGCACAGAAACGACUUUCUGCUCAAUAAAUAUCCCUCAUCGAUCCUCAACUGAUUACUUUUCUUCUUGUUACGUUGAUACCAACAGCCCGUUUUCCUUUCCCCUUCCUUUUCCUUUUUUUCCUUUUUGCGUGCACGUUUUAUGAGUUUUACAUAAUGGGCAAAGACAGAUAGAUCAAUCGAUCUGAUCAUUUGAAGGGAAAAGCCAAUCCAGUAAAGAUAUUAAGACAUGAGGAGAUACCUAUCUGAUGACAAGAAUUUUUUCAUAUGGGAAGGGCAUUUUCAUGGAUGUACAAUACGAGUCUCAAGGUGGUAGGCUUUGAUAGAUAGAUAGAUAUGGCGGGGUUCUUCUUUACUCACAUGCAUACAGUCACUUUUCCUUUUAGGAGUAAGGACGAAAAUGCUCGGAUAUUGAGAAUCGCGUCUGCGUAUUACGAAUGAAAACAUUUAAGAUCAA